UACACGAUCCAUCACAUUUACGGACCACCAGCCAGUACCACAAGAUAACUAAUGGUGCUGCAUAUGUUUCUAUUUUUCAUUACGGCUUCAUUCUGGGACAUGAAAUAAAGGGUGAAUAACAAUGCCAAGAGGAGGGAUCAUCGCUCUUUUUCUGUCUCUACUGCUUGAGUUUUCUUUGACGCAAGAAGAAAAUAAAGACCACCAGGCUGCUUUUAGUAAGUCUGUAACUGCAAUCCCAUACUCUGUGAAACCUGUUGUGACAGAGGUUUUUUUUGUGGAAAGCAAGAUUAAAACAAUCCCAAAAGCAGCUUUUGUCCGAAACCCACAGCUUUUAAAGGUGGAGUUCAUGAAGACAGAGACAUCAACUGUGGAGCUGGGAGCUUUUGAAGGUCUGAUUAACCUAAAGAGUAUUGAAAUAUCCAAUAAUCCAUUAACUUCACUCCCACUGGGUGUUUUUAUAGAUGUCACCAAUCUUGAGGAACUUGUUCUCAAGUUUAACCAGCUCCGUGGACUUGAGAAUGGCUUGUUUGAAGGUCUACAGAAAUUACAAACUCUACAGCUGCAUGAAAAUGAGAUUGAAUCUAUCGAAGACCACACGUUUGAUGGCCUUGACAACCUUGCAAUGCUCCAUUUAGGCAAAAAUAAUCUUGCAGCUGUAUCAACUGAGUGGUUCUCUCACCUGAGUAAAUUGAGGGUGAUACGGCUUUAUGAAAAUAAGCUGACUUCUGUUCCUGAAGAUCUUUUCAAGAAUUUACCAAACCUUGAGGAAAUUGCCCUGCAAGGAAACCAAAUAACAGAACUGUCACCCAAUCUCUUGCCAAAUAAGGAAAAACUAGCAAAACUGUUCUUGGACCAUAAUCUUCUGACAAGUUUACCUGAAGGAUAUUUUGUUGGAUUUCCUAAACUUAAAGCACUGACCCUAAGGAAUAAUGAACUAAAAAGUCUGCCAGAAGGGCUUUUUGGAGAAAUGCCUAAACUGAGUGAAUUGAGCCUCCAACAAAACAAUCUAAGCACUCUUCCCGCAGGUGUAUUUAGCCCUCUGAAGAAAGUCAGGAAGUUAGAUCUAUCUAAGAAUCAAUUUGUCACCUUGUCUGCUGAUUACUUUGAAGGACCAGAGAGGCUCACUGAGCUCAAUGUGCAGAACAACAAGAUACAGUCGCUGGACUCACAAGUGUUUGAAAACCUGAAGACACUGACGACACUCAAGCUUGCUCACAACAACCUCCAGACACUCCCUGGGGAUAUUUUUGAGCCUUUGACAAAACUCACUAAACUUGAUCUCAGUAACAACCCCUGGAAUUGUGACUGCAAUCUGAUAGAUCUUCACAUCUGGAUGAAGUCAACUUCUGUGAAGUUUACAUCUGCUGCGGUCUGUGAGCAUCCAGAGAAUCUGAGAGGACAGGAAAUCAUAUCAGUGACAGAGGAUCAAUUUAUUUGUCCCACUCGUGCACCCACAACCACAUCCUUGGCCACCACAACUCCAACAACACGCCCAACUACCAAACCAACAACCACAAUGCUCCAAACAACUGCACCCACCACCACACUCACAACAACCCAACCAAUCACCACUGUCUCCACAACAACACCAGCGACCACAUCUACAACUAUGAGCACAAUUCCCAUCAUAACUACAACCACAAGCACCCCAACAACUACACCUACAACCACUACGACAACACCAAAACCCACAACUACCUCUAUGGCCACAACAACAUUUACACCCACAACUAGUGCCACCAGUACACCCACAGUUCCUCUACCAACAACUGCACUCACAACUACUCCACCCACAACAACAACAACUGCACUCACAACUACUCCACCCACCACAACAACAACUGCACUCACAACUACUCCACCCACCACAACAACAACUGCACUCACAACUACUCCACCCACCACAACAACAACUGCCCUCACAACUACUCCACCCACAACAACAACUGCACUCACAACUACUCCACCCACCACAACAAGUAUAACCACAACCAAGAAGACCACAACUACACUUACAACUCCCACAACAACCCAACCCACAACAACAACAACAACAACAACAACAACUCCUCCACUAACUCCUCCAGUGAGCUUCACCUGCCCCUUCGAAACAGCUGAUUCGGAGCCAACAUCUGCCUAUGUGCACCAGGCCAGUUUAAAUGUUCAGCAGUGCAAAAGUCGAAUGAUGAUCUACAUGGCACUGGCGGUGGUGGAGAUUGCGUGCACAGUUGUGCUAGCUAAGUUUACUUUCACACUUUACUGCUUGCUGCAGCACAGAGAGAGGAUGAACCACAGAGUCAAACUCACCCACUUCUCCUACAGGAAAGAAGUUAUCCUAAGGCCGAUGUGAGAGGCAGUGACUCGAGGACUCUAAAUCUCAGCAGCUCUACAAAAAAAGUGUACAGAAUCAUAAUUCGGAAGGUAAAUAAGCCGGUAGUGGCCAUGUGAUGCUCCAAAAUAUCCUAAUACAUUCUUGUAUGGCGAUUCAGCCACCAUCACAGAGACCUGGGUCUCCCUCACUCCACCUGCAUGUGGAUUAAGAGCUUCCUGACCGAUUGACAGCAGAGAGUGAGGUGGGGAAGCACACAUCUACUGCCCUCAGCCUCAGUGCUGGCUCUCCACAGUGCUAUCUGUUGAGCCCCCUGCUCUAUUCUCUGUACAAACAUGACUGCACCUUUGCCCAUCACAGUAACACCAUUGUCAAGUUUGCUGAUGAUACCACAGUGGUGGGGGUCAUCUCAGGAGGCGACGAGUCCGCCUACGAGGGCAAGGUGGAGCGGCUGUCAGUGUGGUGCAGGGAGAACUGUAGGAGCCAUUUCAUAGUUUAAUUGUUUGUGUAUGUGUUUAGUCUAGUUUUUAUUCAUGUGUUUUGCCACUAGAGGAGGGAAUCCUCACUCUGAUGCUGUCAGUCACACAAGUGAUCAGCAGCUGCACACUCACAGGUGUUAAAGGUUGGUGAUUAUCAGCAGUCAGGGCAAAGCGGUGGUGAAGGCACAUGGUUCUUACCAUAACUCAGUAUUUGUGUUCAAGCCAGCAACAUCAUUUAAUAUUUAAGUUUCUUUUUUCUGAACUAAGUCUGUGCAAUAAAUGGGAAUGUCACCCAAAGAGAAA